AUGCUGCCUGUGCGCAACCUCCUCCUCCGCCAGGAGGAGCCCGCCGCCUCGCCGGCCGCCUCUGCGGGUUCAUCUUCCCCGACUCCCUCGCCUGUUGUCUCUGAGACGCCCCCUGCGGCUCAGCCUUCUUCCAACGCCACGGAAGCUGCCGAGCCGCCUGCUGUAUCGGUGUCGAGCACCAAUGCGACCGUUGCGACCACGCACCGCAAGCGUCGCAUCGCCGUGGUCGGCGCUGGCGCAUCUGGAUCAGGCGCUGCGUUCUUCCUGGCCCGCGCUGCGCGUGUCGUCGAGGCGCAGCUCGGUCUUGCUCCAGGCUCCCUGCUUGAGAUCGUUGUGUACGAGAAGAACGACUAUAUUGGAGGCCGUGAGUGCGCCGUUACCGUGACUGAGCCGUUCAUGGGCGAGAAACUCGAGCUCGGCGCCGCGAUGAUGGUCAAUGCCAACAUCAACCUCCGCAAGGUCGCGGCCAAGUUCCACCUCCCCCUUAUUGCCGCCCCUGGCGGAACCGCUGCCCGUAUGGACAUGUGGGACGGCAAGAAGGUUGUUUACUCCAACACGGGCGUUGCGUGGUGGGACAAGCUUACCAGCGGCAUUCGUUAUGGUUUCCUUUCGCCGCUUCGCCAGGCUUCCGCUGUGACCAAGUUCGUCGAGCGCAUGGCGCAAGUCUACUCGCCGUCGUUCCUCGCGCAGCGCGGCACCGUCAACUCGAUUGAGCAGUUUGUCGCUUCGCUCCAGCUCGGAAGUGAAUACACCAGCCGCUCGGCGUUCGAGUGGGCGACCAAGGUCGUGGGCGUCUCGGCCCGCUGGGCAAACGAGAUGAUGGACUCGAUGACGCGCUCCAACUUUGGCGCGGACGUUACCCAGGUGCACGGCAUAGCCGCUCUUGCUGGAGCCUCGGUCUCGGAGGGCGCCCUCUUCAUGUACGGCGGCAACAACCAAAUGUUCCAGGCCAUGCUGGCGGACAGCGGCGCUGAUGUCCGCCUGUCUACCGCCGUUACGGACAUUACUGCGGCUCCCGGCGGCGGCUACAUUGUCUCCUCGGCCAACGCGCCAAGCAACACGACCUACGACGAAGUGUUCUGGGGCAAUCCAUGGCACCUUAGCCCUGUUGCCAAAGGACUCCAGUUCACCACGCCCAUCCCCCCGCAGGAGUAUGUGCGCCUGCACGUAACGUACGUGGGCACCACGGCGACGACGCCGCCGCCGAAGUACUUCAAGCAGGGGUCCAAGGUAGUCAUGGCGCAGUCGAUCUCGACGACGGGCGAGCGCGCGCGCGGCGGCGGCGACGCCCCCGCCUUCCAAGUCCUGCUGUACCACCUGGCGUACCCGAUGUCGAGCAUUGUCCUUCUGUUCUCGCACGAGACGCUGUCCGACACCGAGAUACGCGACAUCUUCGGCGACACCAUCACCUGGACGCACCGCAAAGAGUGGGACGGCGCGUACCCCCUCAUGAAGCCCACGACGGUGUACCCGCCCGUGCAGCCGCGCGCGGGCUUCCACUACCUCGCGGCGAUGGAGCCGUGGCUGUCGACGAUGGAGACGCAGACGAUCAGCGCGCGCGAGGCCGUCGCGCGCGCCGUCGACGCGUGGUGGGGCCUCGGCGUGGCGCAGUGCGACGCCGGCUCGAGCUGGGACCUCGCGUGCGAGCCCGCGCCCCCGCCCGCGAUGACGCUCGAGGAGCUCUUCAACUCCAUGGCGGGGCAGUAG